UAAACAAAUUUAUACUAUAAACAAGAAUAAUAAUAUUGAAUUUUAUUUAGGUAGAUUCCAAAAUUCGAUAAUAUGCGUAAUGACUAAAGCUGAGUAAUGCGUGUAGUGUGUACAUAACGAGUGUAAAUGUUACACGAAAAUCCAACACUCAGAACAUUUAAGACCAAAAUCGCUGUUUGCAUUAAGCUACUAUGUAACAGCCGUUGGUAGGUACUAGGUAGAUAGGUUGUAGUCUUUUUUUUCUAAACAAAAAUGAUUUUGACCGCCCCAACGAAUGUUGCAUCGAAAAAAUCUCAAUGCAUAGCACUCCUCGUACCCGUCUUUUUACCAGCAAUCCACAUACUGAUUUUGGAAAAAUUCUGGAGCGAUUUCAAUGUGAACGUCAACAAGGAGCACUGUACAUGUUCCUGUUGGGACACGGUGUUCAAAGGUCCUUACGAAGCGGGUGUUGCUAGAUAUAAGCAUAUGUACUUCAACGCUACAGACAACACGUUUAAAAUUUGGGUUAUUACGGCAGUUUGCACGAUUGUGUUGUACGAAUGUGUGAAAAACAUUGUCAGGCUAUGCUUUGACAAGCAGAUACGCUACAACAUGAUGUUGUUGUUUAUUCUGUCGAUGUUCUCUCACUAUUACUCGUGGUGGUCAUUUGUUAACUAUUGGAACGACGAUUUCUAUUCACAAUGGAAUCAUCAGAUAUUCUUCACUGUUACUGAACUGUAUUCUACAGGCAUUCUUUACACAAUAUGCGAUCGCAGAAAAGAAAUAAAGAAAUUCCAUUUGUUUUCUAUCAUUGCUGUGGGCUUAACACAUAUGUUAGCUGCUGGAUUUGAUCAGUUUGUUAUUAAUGUAAUUGGAGGAAGUGGAUUCGCACAUCAAGUGAUAAGAGAUCUCUUUUUGAUGAUACCAGAUAUAUUGAAUAUUAUUAUACCAUUAUUGGAAAUUAAAAAUCGAAGAUUAACCACCAAAAAUCGCUAUGCAGAUGAUCCAAGCAGUUUUAAAGAAAUAUUGUUACUAGUAAUAAUAGUGACCUCUGGGUUGAUUAUUGUUUCGUUACUUUAAUACACAUUUAUUUAUUUAACUAAUAAAUCCUAUGCAUAUAUUUAUA